AUUUCAACGAGUCGUUUUUAUAUUCAAGGGUUUAUGAUCGUGGAGUACAAAAUAGUAGUGCUUUUUAUCCAGAAAAACCGCAGCUCAUCCGUUUACAGGCCAGUCUUGCCUGGACCGAUAUGGCGGCGACGUUGACGUACGAUCCAAAGGCCAAUGCGGCGUGUCUAUGUGCGCAACUGUGUCGUCGUAGAGUUGCUUGAAUUACGACAGAGCCAUAGCCAUAUGACUCCGAGUUACGAGAAGAUCAGCAGUCCUCGUUCUGUUGUGCACAGCCUGUGUUUUUCGACAUGGAGCGGUGGAAAGGCAGAGUUGCCCUUGUUACAGGAGCUUCGGUUGGGAUUGGAGCGGCUAUAGCUCGUACUCUUGUUCAACACUGUAUGACGGUGGUCGGCUGCGCUAGGAAUGUGGAGAAAAUAGAGAAGCUGGCUGCAGAGUGUCGGAGCGCGGGCUACGCUGGCACCCUGAUCCCGUACAAGUGUGACCUGUCCAGCGAGGAGGAGAUCUUGUCCAUGUUCUCCGCCAUCAAGACGCUCCACCAGGGAGUGGACGUGUGCGUCAACAACGCGGGCCUGGCUUGCGCCGAGCCCCUGCUGAGCGGCCAGGCCGACGGCUGGAGGACCAUGAUCAACGUGAAUGUUCUAGCAUUGUCCAUCUGCACACGCGAGGCCUACCAGUCAAUGAAGGAGAGAAGUGUGGAUGAUGGCCAUAUUAUUAACAUUAACAGUAUGAGUGGACACAGGGUGGUGCCCAAUGCAGAUGUGCACUUCUACAGUGCCACCAAGUAUGCUGUGACUGCGCUCACAGAAGGGCUGAGACAGGAGCUGAGGGAAGCUAAGAGUCACAUUCGAGCCUCGUGUAUAUCUCCUGGCUUAGUGGAAACUGAGUUUGCUUUUCGACUUCACAACAGCAACCCAGAGAAAGCCGCUGCCACUUAUGAACAAAUCAAGUGCUUGGAAGCGAACGACGUAGCCAGCGCAGUGGCAUACAUCCUCAGUGUACCUCCACAUGUGCAGAUUGGAGAUGUUCUGAUGAGGCCUGUGGAACAGGUGUCCUAGCAGUCUGCAGUCUCAGCUGGAGCUACCGUAGAUCAAGCUGGCAGCUACGCUGUCUCUACAGUGACCCCUGCUGGGCACAAAUAAGAUUAAACUGGAUGUGAGAAUUCGGGGAGAAUGGAAGAGCAAAACCCUGGCUCUGGGGAUGGCUGCUCUGGGGGGCAUUUCACAAAGCAGGAUUAGUAACUUGGCUGGGGGGGCUAUUUCAGGAAGCAGGGCUACUGAGUUAAGCCGCGUUUCCACCGCAGGAACUAUACCCCGGAACUAGGAACCUUUUGAGGAACUCAGUGCGUUUCCACCGCAGGAACUAGGGUCUAAAUUUAGUUCUGGGGGCUUUGUUUUACCCCCCAAAAGGUUCCUGCUCGGGGGGUAGUACUUUCCGAAAGUACAGGAACCUUUUGGGUGGAGCUUGCAGCGCUGAACAUUUCGGAUUGGUCGAGUACUCACGGGAUUUUUUUGUGUCUAUUUUCAGGCGCCAUGUUUGAAAAUAUGCAGGCGCAAACCAAUUUAUUUUCAUAAUAACUUCAAAUCAAACUUGUAUGUUAUGCGGCGCAAUAGUCUACGUUUGGUUAUAGCCUGCCAACGUCUUGGAAUUAUAACGUGUGCUCUUCUGUUCUUUUCUUGCUUUAGUAUUCGUUUUAUAAAAUGCUAAGCAUUCGUGCUGGGACAGCAUAUUACGUACUAAAACAUUCAAACGGAUUAAUUCGGUUGCUGAAUAUUUUCUUCCGGAUUUUCUUAGCCCGUUGUAAUUGACUCAAAACGUUUGAUACAGUUAUGUGAGGUAUGCGGUAGUUCUGCGUAAUUCACAUUGGUGAUACAGUAAAAGCAAACUGGAAAUCACCUUCCGCACUUUUUGUCAGGGUAAAAUAACAGGUUAAUUCUAGUAAUCGUACCUUUAGCUUUUUCAGACUGCCGUAAUUUUACUCUGCCAUUCUUCAAUUCCACAAAAAGACCAGGAAGACUAUGGACUAAUUUAUGGUGCAUGGUUCGCAUCUGGAGGGCACACUUCGC